CAACAAAUGAAAAUGGCUUAAAACGUUAGAUUUUUUCAAUGUCAAAAAAAACUUAGUUGUUGAAAAACUUAACAGAACAUGGUUUCAUUUUUGUAAUCUAUUCACCUUCAUUUAUCCAGAUUAAAAAUAUCCAAGAACAAUGUACUGUAUAUACAAAAUUACAAGUGUAUUUCAAUAAACAUUGCGUCAUACAUAAUACCCAUUAAAAAAAAUACUUUAAGAAAUGGGAGCUGAACAAAGUCGUGUCGAUCUUCAUGACCAUGAGACCUCCAGUCAUAUACCUACAUAUAUCACACGAGUUACUUCGAACUUUAUUUUGGCCUUGUAUAAUGGAAUUUUCUACGCUUGUAUUAUCAUUAGACCAGCUACAGUAAUAAAAGAUGGAUAUACAGUAUAUUUUUUUCAUUUUAAAGGAGAGGCUGAAGUACCUUCAAAUUGUAUUAUAGGAAACCUAUGGUGUUUAAUGAAUUGUGAAAUCACCUACACAGAUGCUAAUGGUAAGAAAUGCACUGGUAGAAUCAUUGGUACUGACCAAAAUAAUGUUGACUCAAAUUAUGAUCAACCGAUGAAUUUUUUUGUAUACAAUUGUAAUCAAUGUGAAUGGGUUUCUUUUCCAUAUAUCUUUAUGACCAGAGAACAAGCAAGACUUUUAUGUGGUUAAAAUGUUAAACUAACGUCAAUUUAUAAUAAAGUGCCAGA